AUGGCCGAUGUGUCGAUGUGCAGCAGCAACGGCGCCGCAGAGCUAUCGCCGGAGGAAGAGAGGGUUCUGAUUCGCGAUAUUGCGCUCGCCGCCGAAGCCAACAGCAAAGAAGGGGACGAUUUCUUUUUAAUUACCCAGAGAUGGUGGCAGCAUUGGAUAGAAUAUGUCAAUCAAGAGCAGCAAAAUGGUACAAAUGAAGGAUCCUCGACGUUGAAUAAUCAUCCCGACACCGUGAGUUCUUCAAAGCGGCCUGCUGGUAUUGACAAUUCUGAUCUGAUAUAUGAUUCAACAUCUCAUGAUGGCAAUGGCAGCAUUGAGAUCCAUGAUAGUUUAUUAGAAGGGCGUGAUUAUGUACUGCUUCCACAGGAUGUCUGGAAUCAGCUAUAUUCCUGGUACGGAGGUGGUCCACCAUUGGCACGCAAAGUAAUCAGUUCAGGCCUCUCUCAGACAGAAUUAUCUGUAGAGGUGUAUCCUCUCCGUCUUCAGCUGUUGGUUAUGCCCAAAGGUGAUCGGUCAACUAUAAGAAUAAGCAAGAAGGAAACUAUAGGGGAGCUGCAUAGAAGAGCUUGUGAGAUUUUUUAUCUUAAUGCAGAACAAGUGUGCAUAUGGGAUUACUAUGGCCACCGGAAGCAUGCUUUGAUGAAUGACAUGGAUAAAACACUUGAUGAUGCUAACAUACAAAUGGAUCAAGAUAUUCUCGUGGAGGUUCUUAGCAAUGUCAAUGGAGGUUUCCCUGCAAGCAAAGGUGCUUCUCGAAGCUGCAGCUCAGAGAUUUCCCAAGCUCAGAACAUGACGUUGACGGUUAGGGAGUUGGAUAACACAUACGGGAUAAGCGGUGUUAGUACAAGGGGUUCUUAUGUUGGCCUUACUGGGUUGCAGAACCUUGGCAAUACAUGUUUUAUGAAUAGUGCAAUACAGUGCCUUGUUCAUACCCCUGAAUUCGCUAAAUAUUUUCGAGAAGAUUAUCAUCGAGAGAUAAAUUGGCAAAAUCCCUUCGGCAUGGUGGGUGAGCUGGCUUUAGCAUUUGGUGAUUUAUUGCGGAAGCUCUGGGCACCCGGGCGAACACCAAUAGCUCCUCGCCCAUUCAAAGCAAAGCUUGCUCGCUUUGCUCCUCAAUUUAGUGGUUAUAAUCAGCAUGAUUCUCAGGAACUUUUAGCCUUUCUCUUAGAUGGUCUCCAUGAAGAUCUGAAUCGCGUUAAACAGAAGCCAUAUAUAAAGUCCAGAGAUGCAGAUGGGCGUCCUGAUGAGGAAGUUGCUGAUGAGUACUGGGCAAAUCAUAUUGCUCGAAACGAUUCUAUAAUUGUUGAUGUUUGCCAGGGUCAAUACAAGUCAACUCUGGUUUGUCCAGUAUGCAACAAAAUAUCCGUUACUUUUGAUCCCUUCAUGUACCUUUCCUUGCCUCUCCAAUCCGCCACCACCCGUUCUAUGACGCUCACAAUCUUCACUUUCGACUCGACUACCUCGCCAUUUCCCUGCACUGUGUCCGUGCCAAAGCAUGGAUGGUGCCGCGACUUGAUCCAAGCAGUUAGCACCGCUUGUUCCUUGAAGACUCAUGAGGAGCUUAAACUUGCCGAGGUGCGUAAUCAUCAGUUCCAUAGAUUUUUAGACGAUCCUUGUAUGCCUUUAUCCUCAAUCAAAGACGACGAUCGUAUAGCUGCCUAUAAGAUUCCAAAGUUUUCAAAGAAUGCGCUUCUCCUUCGAUUGAUUCACCGCUGCAGACCCCAGGGAACCGGAAAUAACAGUUUAUCAUCUCAGUGGAAUGCUUUUGGAGUUCCUCUCAUUACAUCCGUUCCAUACGAAGAUUCAGUUACCAGAGGAGAUAUACAGAGAGAAGUGCAAAAGAUUAUUCUACCAUGGUUUGGAGGGGAAAACUUGACACAAGACACGGAUGGUGACAUUUGUGGCGAUCAUGUGGCAGACGUAGUAAAAACCAAUGGUUGUCCUUCAAAGACAAUGUCAUUGAAAUUUUCUCUACAAAUGACCAAUGGGAGUAACGACUUGAUCGAUCUCUCGUCCAAAGAAGGGAAAUCUGUUAGAGUUGCAACAUCAUCAGCUCCAGCAGUGGUCUAUGUUGAUUGGUCUCGAGAUCUCAUUGAGAAAUGCAAUACUAACUACUUUGAGAACUUGCCGGAAGUGUUUAAGUAUGGACAUGUGAGUAAGAAAGCUCGUACAGAGCCCCUUUCUUUGUACACUUGUCUUGAAGGUUUCCUGCGUGAAGAGCCCUUGGUUCCUGAAGACAUGUGGUACUGUCCGCAGUGCAAAGAACGGCGACAAGCAAGCAAGAAGCUCGAUUUGUGGAGACUUCCAGAAGUGCUGGUGAUCCAUUUGAAGAGAUUCUCAUACAGCAGGUCGAUGAAACACAAACUAGAAACCUUCGUCAACUUUCCGAUACGGGACUUUGAUCUGACAAACUAUGUAGCCAACAAGAACAGCACCAGACGUCAGCUCUAUGAACUGUAUGCUCUGACCAACCAUUAUGGCGGCAUGGGGAGUGGGCACUACACCGCGCAUAUCAAGCUCCUGGAAGAAAACAAAUGGUACAACUUCGAUGACAGCCAUAUCUCGCUCAUAAACGAGGACGACGUGAAAUCAGCUGCUGCAUAUGUACUGUUCUACCGAAGGGUGAGGAGUAGUGACAAUAUGCUCACCAGCAACGGAGCACUCCCUAACGAGACCAAAACUGAGCCUUUUCAGACGUGA